AUGAAGAGACUGGCUUGCUCACUCUCUCUCCGAAAACCCUGCAUCAAAGCGUUAGUUGUCCAGGACAAUCUCCCACAAGCUCUCAGAUUUUCCCUCUCUGUCUUCUCUUCACUUCUGACAGACCAAAUCUAAUCUCUUUUCAUCAAAAAAGGCCACUCUCUUGACCGCUUUUUAUCCAGUAUUCUCAUCUCUCACUUCACCAAGCUCGGCGAUUUUCAUCGUUCUUAUUCAUUCCUCUCCGACACCCAAAACCCUGAUAUCGUCACAUACAAUGCGCUCAUUUCCGGUUUGGCCCGUUUCAACCUACCGGGACCCGUUUUCAAGCUUUUUAAUUGGUUAAGGCUUGAAGGUUUGAGACCCGACGUGUUCUCCUUGAGUUCUUUAGUUAAGGCUUGUGAAAAUUUUGAACACAAUAAAAUUGCUCAUGCGGUUUGUUUGAAAUCAGGGUUUAGUUCUGGGGCGUUUUUGGUUAGUGGGUUGGUUGAGAAUUAUGCGAAGUGUGGAGAUAUUGUAUCAGCUAAGAAAUGUUUUAGAGAGUGUUUAGAAGUUGAUAAUGUGGUUUGUACUGCUAUGGUCUGUGGGUAUGUGUGGAAUGGGGAGUUUGAGAAGAGUAAAGAGGUUUUCAUGGAGAUGAGAGGUUUAGGUUUAGAGUUAAAUGAGUUUAGCUUGACCAGUGUGAUUGGUGCGUCAUUUUGUCUAGAAGAAGGGGAGCAGAUUCAUGGGUUUAGUGUUAAAGUGGGUUUGAUCUGUGGAGGUUAUAAUCAUUUGAAUAACGCGAUCAUGAAUAUGUAUGCUAGGUUUGGGAAAAAAAUGGAUGCUAUUAAGGUGUUUGAUGAAAUUGCUGAACCGGACGUUGUUUCUUGGACUGAAAGGAUUGGAGCUUCUUCUGGUUGGGUGGAAGCCUUAGAAUUGUUUAAAGUUGUGUUCUGUAAUGAUUUCGAGAUAAACGAGUAUACAAUGAUCAAUGUGUUGUCUGCUGUAGCAAGUGAGAGGAUGUUGAAACCUGGGAAACAAAUUCAAGCAUUUUGUCACAAGGUGGGGUUUCUGGAGGUAGUUUCUGUUGCAAACGCAUUAAUAUCUAUGUAUAUGAAAUGUGGGCAAAUUUAUGAUGCCAGACGUGUUUUUGAUGAUAUAAAUUGUAGAGAUUCUGUUUCUUGGAAUUCCCUGAUUGCUGGGUAUUCUGAAAAUGGAUUUACUAGUCAGGCUCUUGAGAUGUUCUAUCAUAUGCGUGAUUGUUCAUUGCAACCUGAUAAUUAUACUCUAGCUAGUGUUCUUGACGCUGUGUCCAAUUCAAAAUCUAUGAAGCAAGCAAUGCAAAUUCAUUCACAUGUAAUUAAAUCUGGAUUCAUGUUGGAUGAAUCCAUAGUUUCUUGCUUGAUAAUUACAUAUGGGAAGUGUGGUGGGAUCAAUGAAUCAAAAAGAGUAUUUUCUGAGACUGAUAUGAAAAUCGUGGUACAUGUUAACGCUCUGGCUACUGCUUUACUAUAUGUUGGUAGUCAUACAGAUGCUCUGGAAUUCUUUAGAACCAUAUGGGCCUCAGACCCUCAAGUGGAUAGCUCAACUUUCAGUAUUGUCCUUAAAGCGUGCGGUGCUAUAACAGAUCUGGAAUGGGGAAGAGCAAUUCACUCCCUAGAUGUAAAAACUGGAUUUGAACAGGAUAGCUUUGUUGAAAGUGCUGUUAUUGACAUGUAUUGUAAGUGUGGAAGCAUAGAAGAUGCAGAGAAAGCUUUCAGGAAUAUAUCAGCAGAGAAUUUGGCUGCUUGGAAUGCCAUGAUGAUGGGAUAUGCUCAACAUGGUUGUCAUCAUGACGUAUCUAACCUUUUCAACAAUAUGUCCAAAUUUGGAGUGAAACCUGAUGAGAUAACAUAUCUUGCAGUUCUCACUUCAUGCUGCCACGCUGGACUAGUGAGAGAAGCACACAGUUACAUAGAUCACAUGUUUGAACUUGAUGGAGUGAUUCCACGAUUAGAACAUUAUGCUUGCGUUGUUGAUUUACUUGGCCGAGUAGGACUACUAGAAGAUGCAAAGAAGACCAUAGAUCAAAUGCCUAUUCCACCUGAUGCUCACAUAUGGCAAAUUCUUCUAUCAGCUUGCAACAAACGUGGAAAUAUUGAUUUGGGAAGAGUUGCAGCUAGUAAACUUAUUGACCUCCAGCCUGAUAAUGAAUCUGCUUAUGUUCUCCUUUCAAAUCUCUAUGCUUCAGCAGGAAUGUGGAAUGCUGUUGGAAAAUUGAGAAAAGAAAUGAAAGAUAAAUUUAUCCGCAAGGAGCCUGGUUCUAGUUGGAUUCAAGUUGGAGGAUCCACACAUUACUUUUAUGCUGAUGAUACUUUACAUUCCCAAAGUCAAGAAAUAUACAAGGAGCUAAUAAGGUUAUAUGAGCACAUGCAAGCCUUACCAAAAUUGAAAAACUGUUCUUUUCUGAAUGAUUUCUGAACUAUUAAGUAUGGAAAUCAUUUGUAUCGUUGUGGCGGCCACAACAUAUAGUACCUUGAAGUUGGAUCUGCUUCCAGGACUUUUAGAGAUUGCUGGUCAUUUCUUAACA